CGGUGGAGAUGCGCGGGGUGCUGCUGCGGAGCGUGCUCGCGGCCCUGCUGCUGCGCGGAUUUUUCACCUAAAGGUGCUGCUGUUGAGCUGCAGAAGGAGCUGUCAGACCUGGUCCUGUGCCGAGCAUUCCCUCCCUCUUUGUAGAGGUGGGGUUGCCAUCAUCCUGCUCAGCUCCAGCAGGGAUGUCCAGGAGCAGCAGGGCUGGGGGAAGGCUCUGCCCUCCUGCACCCUGACAGCAGAUCCCACCCUCGGUCCCUGGAGAAGAGUGCCUGGCGGGCCUUCAGGGAGUCGCAGUGCCACCACAUGCUCAAGCAUCUCCACAAUGGUGCACGGAUCACGGUGCAGAUGCCGCCAGCCAUCGAGGGCCACUGGGUCUCCACAGGCUGUGAAGUGCGGUCCGGGCCGGAGUUCAUCACGAGGUCAUACCGCUUCUACCCCAACAACACCUUCAAGGCAUACCAGUUCUACUACGGCAGCAAUCGCUGCACAGACCCCACCUACACGCUCAUUGUCAAGGGCAAGAUCCGCCUGCGCCAGGCCUCCUGGAUCAUCCGUGGGGGCACCGAGGCUGACUACCAGCUGCAUGGCGUGCAGAUCAUCUGCCACACAGACUCCGUGGCGGAGCAGCUCAGCCAGCUGGUAAACCGCACGUGCCCAGGCUUCGUGGCCAGGGGCCCCUGGGUGCAGGACGCGGCCUACGACCUGUGGCGAGCCGAGGGAGGCUGCGAGUGCACCCAGGCCCUGCGCUUCGCCAUGCAUGAGCUGCAGUUGCUCCGCGUGGAGAAGCACUACCUGCACCGCCUGGACCACCUGGUGGAGGAGCUGUUCCUUGGCGACAUCCACACUGACGCCAGCCAGAGGCAGUUCUACAGGCCAUCUAGCUACCAGCCACCCCUGCAGAGCGCCCAGAACCACGACCAUGCCUGCAUAGCCUGUCGUAUCAUCUUCCGCUCUGACGAGCACCACCCCCCGCUUCUGCCCCCGAAGGCAGACUUGACCGUGGGCCUGCAUGGUGAAUGGGUGAGCCAGCGCUGUGAGGUGCGGCCGGAAGUCCUCUUCCUCACACGUCACUUCGUCUUCCACGACAACAACCACACCUGGGAAGGUCACUACUACCACUACUCGGACCCUGUGUGCAAGCACCCCACCUUCACCAUCUAUGCCCGGGGCCGCUACAGCCAUGGGGUGCUGUCCUCCAGAGUGGUGGGUGGCACGGAGUUCAUGUUCAAAGUGAAUCACAUGAAGGUUACUCCCAUGGAUGCGGCCACAGCCUCGCUCCUCAACGUCUUCAACGGGAACGAGUGUGGGGCCGAGGGCUCCUGGCAGGUGGGCGUGCAGCAGGACGUCACGCACACCAAUGGCUGCAUGGCGCUGGGCAUCAAGCUUCCCCACACAGAGUAUGAGAUCUUCAAGAUGGAGCAGGAUGCCCGGGGGCGCUACCUGCUCUUCAAUGGCCAGCGGCCCAGCGAUGGGUCCAGCCCAGACCGGCCUGAGAAGAGGGCCACAUCCUACCAAAUGCCCCUGGUCCAGUGUGCUUCCUCCUCGCCCAGAGCUGAGGACCUGUCUGCCGACGGCGGGGGCAGACAGUACGGCCAGGCGCCACGGAGGAGAACCCAGCCCAUGCUGCUGGCCACCCUCGCCGGCCUUCUGACUCUGCUGCACUGGGGCGGGCCCAGCUAGAAAUUUUUAGGAAGUUCUAUUUUUCUGAACUAGGAUUCCUUACCAUAUACAGAUUUUCUUUAUGAAAAGGAAAGACACUGAUUCUUUUGAUGCACUUGAAUGCCCGAGGGCUGUCGCUCCUUUUCCCGCCCUCCCUUCCCGCCCUGAGUCAUGAGCAGCCCGUUUGAAGUUUCUGCUUUGAACUCCGUCCAGCCUGGCCCCAGCGAGUUUGCAGCAGCGAUUGCACUUUAAGUCCGUGGAGCUUUGGCUGGUGUGUCUGUGGAGGCCUCGGGGUUGAGCGCUGGGUCCUAUUGUUUUUGUCCUCUUAAAUAUUAGAUUUCUGAGUCGAGCUUAGAAGGGCCUCCUCCAGGCUACAACCUUCCCUGCGUUUUGACUGCAGUUGCUUUGCACCCUCUAUGGAGUCUUAGUCUCCCAGGUUUAGGCCCUGGAAUUGGGGCACAGUUGUUUGGGGACUGAGAUUAAGACCUGUACUAUUGACGAGAUGUGGGCAUAGAUAUGUACAUAGGAGGGGUGCAAGUUUAGCGAGAUAGCUUUACAGAAACAGGGGUGAGAAUCAAAACUUUCAGAAGUGUUUUGAAAAAAAGUAUUUGUAAUUAAAAUUCCAAAGUAAUUUAAACUA